UUAAUUUAAGUAUCGAUCUUACGCGGAUAACGCGGUUAUCGGAGGCAUCGGUAUUUCAGUAUCGAUCUGCACCUCAUCAGUCAAAAGCCGAACAGCUGCUGCAUGGCAGCCUUGGAUUUCCAUUUCCUGGAGGGGGGGGGCGGCUGUAAAUGUGGUCACAAACUUUUGAAGCGGCACCCGAAAGCUCACCAUUGUCACCGGAAGGACCAAGUGGAAGAAGCCGUGAAGAAAUGGGACACACCGUGAUUCUCGUUACGUCAUCAUCCUUCACAACCUUAUCGUUACACCAUAAAGUAAUCUGGCCAGUAGACACCGUCCGUGGAAAAAUGACUCCCAGUUGCUCAGCUUCCCUCCUCGUCUCCUCGCACCUCCCCGACUUUCAGGCCAGGACGAGCAGAUCCAGUCACAUGGAACCCUCAGGAAGACGAAGGCCAGUUUGGAGUCCUUGUGGAAGAAGAGCAGAUGAGGAACUAUGCGACGCCACGUGGUGGAUCUGCUUUUUACAGAAGAAACAACUUUGUUACGAUGCCGCCACGACGCCGUUAAAGGAUGUGAUGGAUCGCUGCUAGAGACCGAUGGUCGUCUCCAUGCGGCUUCACCUUCCCUGUAGAAGGCUCCACCUCCUGGAUGUUACAUGGUUACCUUGGAUCCACUUCCAUCGAUAACGUUCACUUGGAUAACCUCGCUUAUUUGGACCUCUGAAGACCGCUUCUCGUUAGGAUAAGGGUUUUUUAUUCGGAGCGUUCCCAUGAAGGACAUGGAUGGCCCUCGAUCCAGCGGAAUGCACAAGAAGAGGAAGUCAAGGUCAGAGAGGACACGAGAAAGGAGAUCAAACUGGAUAAGUAACAAUCACGUGAAGGGCUUCUCGUCUGACUCGGAGCGAGAGGGCGACAGGAAGCCCUCCUCGUCCCGUCCUAGACCGCCGCAGAGAAAACGAAAGGAGUCUACUUCUGCCGAGGAGGACAUUAUCGAUGGGUUUUCCAUCACCGGGUUCGUGACCUUGGAGGCACUGGAGAAAAACCUCACCCUGAAGCCCCAAGAGCGCGGCGUAAACCAGGCCGGCCCCUUACACAAGAACAAGUCCGCCAAGGUCUCCAAUGGAUUGAAUUUUGAGCCGUAUAAGAACAACUGCCAUCACCACCAGCCUUCCGACCAGGAGAACAACCCCGAUCUGGCCGUGGAUCCACGCGGCAAGAGGAAGAAGAAACACCUGAGCAAGAAACGCACAAAGCAGAAGCCAGGACGGAACAAGUGCAAGGACAGUGACAGCGACAGUGUGAGCGGCGAGGCCAAGCCCUCGAGGAGAAGCAGCUCCAGAGACCGAGUGACGGACUGUGACACAGAGACCGACCAGGACGACAAGGUUUCUGAUGCCAGCUCAGAGAAAUUUUUCAGCACAGCUGCACUUAAAGUUCCAGCUUUUGGCAUCAAUGCGCUCUCCACCAAUGGCAGCCCGGAGCCUGACGGCCCAGGCCUCCUCAAGGUGUCAGGCCUAGAGCGCAGUCAGGAGAGGAGCCAGGAGAGCUGCAGGGACUCUCAACCGCCGUUAUCCACCGCCCCCCGUCGACUCGUGCCCCCGCAAUCCCUGCCCCCACCCCAGCCACAGCACCGACCUUUCCUCCCAAGGUCACCGCCAUCACAGCGGACUCGGAUAAAUUGCCCGACCCAGGCUCCAAAUCCCGGUCACCCACUUCCACGUUCAGAGGCUGCGCCCAAGCCUCACACACCUGCAGCCGUGCCUCUCGUCCAGGGCCAAGAGCCCUCACCGGCGCCCCCUCCCCAGCCCCAGCACCUGCCGGAACUGCUAUCCCAACCGCGACCUCAACAUACACCCAACAUCCACCGACACCCGCCGUCACCCCUGAACAACCAGCCUCACCCCAGCCAAACGGGGCCACACCGACCCCCUUCACGCUGUCACCCCAGGCCUCUUUCUGCCUACAACGGCCUCAACCUCAACGGCCACAGCAGCAGCAGGAGCAGUACCCCUGGGACCAAGCCCCAAGGGCCUCCUCCUGCUCCUUCCUCACACCCUCCUCCCCACCACCCGCCUCCUCCCGUGCCAGGUGCAGCAGCAUCCACCUUCCCCCUGCCCCUGGUGGCUAACCACGGCACCCCGCAUAGCUUCCCCCCUGCACUGCAGUCCUCGCCGCACCUUCAUCACCCCAAUAUGUUCGCUCCUCCAGCGGCUUUGCCUCCACCACCACCGCUGACGUCUACCACCCUGCCGGUACCGGGACAUCCUGCUGCUGGGAGUGCCUACUCGGAGCAAGACCUUCUGCGUCAGGAGCUCAACACCCGUUUCUUGGCCUCCCAGAGUGCCGACCGCGGCGCCUCGCUGGGCCCCCCGCCUUACCUGCGCACAGAGUUCCACCAGCAUCAGCACCAGCAUCAGCAUCAGCAUCAGCACCAACACACCCACCAGCACACGCACCAGCACACCUUCACGCCAUUCCCCCAUGCCAUUAUGCCCACCCCAGCACCGUCCAUGGUGCGUACCCCUGCCAGAAAUUUUGACAAAUACCCAACUAAAGUCGACCCCUUCUACAGACACAGCCUCUUUCAUUCGUACCCGCCGGCCAUGUCCGGCCUCCCGCCUGUCAUCCCCCCGACUGGACCCUUCAGCUCACUGCAGGGUGCAUUCCAACCCAAGACCUCUAAUCCGCUAGAUGUGUCCACUCGACCUGGCGCUGUCCCACAUACUUUCCUACAGAAGGACCCAAGGCUAACGGACCCAUUCCGACCCAUUCUCAGGAAACCAGGGAAGUGGUGCGCGAUGCAUGUCCACAUCGCUUGGCAGAUAUACCACCACCAACAAAAGGUCAAGCAGCAGAUGCAGGUCGACCCUCACAAGUUAGACUUUGGCCUCAAGCCCGAGUUCCUGAGCCGACCUCCCGGCCCGAGUCUCUUUGGUGCCAUCCAUCACCCAAGCGACUUGGCACGGCCUGCCACGCUGUUCUCUGCUGCGGGUCCAACGCACCCAUCCGCUGGUCCCUUUGGCCAUCCGCCCCACCACCCUGGAAACUUUCUCACACCAGGGUCUCACUUAGAACCCUUCAAUAGGUCGCCUUCCUUUGGGGGACUGGGGUCCCUCAGUUCUUCGGCGUUCGGAGGGCUUGGAAAUCCAUCACUAAAAUCCCUAACAGCGGUCAAUUCCGUCUUUGGCCAUAAAGAUGGCCCCAACUCACAGCAGCACUUUGGCAGCAGUACCAACAGUAACCACCAGGAGCCCUGGAACCGCCUGCACCGAACCCCACCCUCAUUCCCUACACCCCCGCCUUGGCUGAAACCUGGGGACUCUGAGAGGAGCGCCUCAGUCAGCUCGCACGAGAGGGACAGAGAUUCUGAUAAACGGGACUCCGUGGGCAGUAAAGAUGACAAAGACAGGGAAUCGGUGGAAAAACGUCACCCCAGCCACCCGUCCCCAGUUCCGGUCAACCCCAUUGGUCUUCUUGGACACAGCCGCCCUCCUGAGCACAACCGAAACCACCUGCCUCCUUCGUCUGGAGAUCUUCAGAGAGACAAAGACAACAAGGCCAAAGACCGAGACAGGGAACACUCGGACUCUUGGAAAGAUACCAGCACGGAUGACCACAAGCUCAAAGACAACCAGCACAGCAAUAAGGACACGCCCGCUGUCCACGACGGCAGGGUCUCAGAGGACACGGUGUCCAACAGGGGUGCAGCGUCGCCCUACAUCAGACUGACCAGCCUGGAGCAUCCGAAUGGUGGUCUGAGCAGGGAUCUGAUGGACAAAAAGGAAGUUUCAUUUGAGCAUCAGAAGAAGAACAGUGAAGUGAAAGUGAAAGAGGAGAGAAAAGAGGAGCAAGAUGGAGUGGCAGAGAAGACAAGCGAGCACACAUUAGUUCCCUCGACACCAAACCUCCACCCUCCCUCAUCGAUGCCUAUGCCCAUGGGCAUGGCAGGAGUCCAUCCGAUUAACAACAUAAGCGGUCUUGAGAGAACUCGAGUGGUGGCACCCUUUUUGGGUAUCAGCCCCAUCCCUGGAUCUGAAAGGUUCCCUUACCCCGCCUUCCAUUGGGACCCAAUGAGGGACCCCUACAGGGCGUUGGAUAUUCACAGGCGGGACCCUUUGGCUAGGGAUCUUUUGCUAAGGAAUGAACAUCAUCGGCUAACCGCUCCACGCCUCUAUGAGGCCGAGCGCGCGUACAGGGACCGUGAGCCUCACGACUUUAAUCGUGCGCACCCCCUCGCUUUGGAGCAGAGGCGGGAACAUGAGCGUGCUCAGUUGGAGGAACGGGACCGCCUCCUCAGAGAGGACUAUGAACAUGGACGACUCCACCCCGCAAUGCACCACCCAGCCCUUGAUGGGCAUCUACCCCACCACGCCCAGGGACUCAUGGCCCCGGGACUCCCUGGCAUGCACUACUCCAGAGUCAGCCCCUCGGCCGUCGCGGCGGCCGCCGCCCAUCAGAACAGCAUUCUGAACAAAACUCCUCCCACUGCUUCUUUGAGCGCCCCGCCCCCUCUUAUCCCCACGCUCGGCGCCAGGCCUGGCUCGCCCAGACGAACUACUCCCGUGGCCGCCGAUAUCAGAGACAGACCUCCGCACAAGGACAUCGAGGCUCGAUGAGCUGACCCCCCCCCCUCUUGAACUCCCACCCAGCACUUAGCAAGACUGUAACAUAGCUGUGAAUAACUUAUGUGGGCCCACACAGUUCAGUUUUUGUACAAACCUGCAGACAGAGAUCACAGAACAAACUUUUUUUCCAGUUUUUUGUGUGUGUGUGUGUGUGUGUCCGUACUUUCUAUUGUAUAGCAAAGUGAAGUGACAUUGAACAAUUUUGGAAUGUACAGAUUCUUUAGCACUGACGGACAAAAUGUAUAUAGAUAACAUGUGCAGUCGCUGUGCUCGCUCUGUAUGGAUCAUGGUACGAUACGUAUAUAUGCAAAAGAGUCAUUUGAAAGCUUUACUUUGAACAAAUUUACAUAGAGAGCUAUUUAGGCAGUGAUUCAGAAUGUUGUUUUUUUAUUUGAUUAGCAUUGUACCCCAUGUUCUACUAUGCAACAAGUCACAACACCGGCUCUUUCACCCACUCCUGUACAGAACAUCCUCGUUUUGCUUUGCCAUGGCGGAAAACCGGACCACUUGGUCUAUGGCGCUACUGUACAUAACUGAGAAAGUGCUCCCUAUUUUGCAAUCGACACCUCACUCUCUCACAAGUAACUGCACCACACAGACUUAUGCGGGUUUGAAAAUAAACGGUGAGCUUGUUGGAUAUGACAGGUAAAUGACUCAAUAUAACAGCGUGACCCACGGUGUCAUCUUACAAAGAGCGCUAAAUUCAUCACACAGCAACUUAACACUCAAAAGGUAAUAGAGUAAUAAAUAGUAUGACCCACGGUGUCAUCUUACAAAGAGCGCUAAACUCAUCACACAGCAACUUAACACUCAAAGGUAAUAGAGUAAUAAAUAUACAAACAUGUACCAAUUUGAGUUUUGAAGAUUUUUUGUUUGGGUAUGAGUUUAGUGUUCUUGUAAGAUAACACAGUGAACAACAACCUGGUCAUUAUUUUUUCAUAGCUCAUGAUUGGCUCCUGCCAAAUAAAGAACUUCCUGGUCCUCACAGACUCGUGCAGGUUUGAAAAUAAACGGGCUAAUCGUGAGCUUGUUGGAAAUGACAGGUAAAUGACUCAAUAUAACAGUAUGACCCACGGUGUCAUCUUACAAAGAGCGCUAAACUCAUCACACAGCAACUUAACACUCAAAAGGUAAUAGAGUAAUAAAUAUACAAACAUGUACCAAUUUGAGUUUUGAUGAUUGGACGAGGGGGUUUGGGGGCAAUUAUUUUUUGUUUGGGUAUGAGUUUAGUGUUCUUGUAAGAUAACGCAGUGAACAACAACCCGGUCAUUAUUUUUUUCAUAGCUCAUGAUUGGCUCCUGUCAAAUAAAGAACUUCCUGGUCCUCAUGGACUCGUGCAGGUUUGAAAAUAAACGAGCUAAAUGACUCAAUACAACAGUAUGACCCACGGUGUCAUCUUACAAAGAGCGCUAAACUCAUCACACAGCAACUUAACACUCAAAAGGUAAUAGAGUAAUAAAUAUACAAUCAUGUACCAAUUCGAGUUUUGAUGAUUGGACGAGGGGGGUUGGGGGCAAUUAUUUUUUGUUUGGGUAUGAGUUUAGUGUUCUUGUAAGACAACAACCUGGUUAUUAUUUUUUUCAUAUUACAAAUCUGGUGGUCUGUUUAGCAAAUCUAUUACAAUACCCACAUGGUUUGUGUGGUACAGUUACGUACAGUAUAUCUGGGGGUCCACUGUAUACCAAGAAUGGAUAACAAGCUGUAUUCUCUCCACAACUUUCAAUUUAGACAAACCUUCUUCAAAUACGAAUACAAGCGAAUACAAAUACAAGAGACAUUUGUAUUGUUGCGGGGAGAAUACAUACUGUACAACAAUAGAAGGUGUGUAAAGUACAUGUUUUGGAAGUAGGUUCUGUUGGUUAAGCAAUGUAUUCAAAGUGCUGUCCUGGGUUGUGGUCCGGACUAAAUUCAUAGACAAAAAAAUCAAGUUUGGACAAUAUUUAGUUUGAAAUAAGCAGAGACCUGCUAAAGGUUUAUCGGUGCGCUUUCAAACCCUGUGUGUCGUGCCGUGUUACUUUCACUCAACAUAAACCGGAGCCCUAGCGGUUAGGCAAUGCAUAUUGCUAAAAGAUUGUUUCAAUGACAAACUUUGUUUGCUGUUAACAUGUACAGAUUUAAAAAAAAAAAAGUCUUUGUAGAUCAUGUACAAAAAUGUCAAAAAAUGAAGCGACUGAAUCUUCAGCAUGCCCCUCAUUUAAACAUGUAAAUUAUUAUUGUAAUGUAAAUGGUGCCAUGUUAUUAAAAAAUGUGUACUGAUCUUGUUUUUGACUGCUUAGUCUUUCACAUUUUACCAACACAAAGCAUUUAGCAUUUUGAUUAUUGUUGGCUACAAGUAAGUCGUGGGAUGUCCAAAGAGU